AUGCAGACCAUUCCAUUAGGAGGGACAUUAAUUUCAACAGUAGUGAACAGCAGUAGCCUCUCUCUCAAUUUCAAUAAUCCGAAACCAUUUUCCAAGAUUUCCCCUCACCCCAGAUCAGGGCUUUGUAGGGCCAGUCAAGUGGCUGAAUUGUUCCCAACCGUGUCUCCAGAGAUUGUCGUUCGAGAAGCCAGGUUAGAGGACUGCUGGGAAGUGGCCGAGACUCACUGCAGUUCCUUCUUCCCUGAAUAUUCUUUUCCUCUAGAUUUUGUGAUGAGAAUUGACAGGCUCAUUGGAAUGCUAUUUGGAUUCUCAAUACCAAAUGGCUGUAAGAGAACUUGCCUUGUUGCAGUAAUUGGAAGUUCUGAUGAAGAUGCAUUCAUUUUAGGGAGUGACAAUUUGAAAAUCGGGGGGUUUGAUGGAAAAUUUAGUCUAAAUAAAGGGUACGUAGCUGGGAUAUUGACUGUGGAUACUGUUGCUGAUUUUCUUCCAAGAAAAGGACCACUACGGCAGAGAAGGACGGGAAUCGCAUAUAUAUCAAAUGUUGCUGUCCGAGACAGAUAUCGUAGGAAGGGAAUAGCUAAGAGGCUCAUGGCAAAAGCUGAGACAAAAGCUCGAAGCUGGGGAUGCCGUGCCAUUGCAUUACACUGUGACCUUAACAACCCAGGAGCGACCAAGUUGUACAAAGGUCAGGGCUUCAAAAGCAUUAAAGUGCCGGAAGGCACUAACUGGCCUCAACCAAAAACUUCACCUGACAUCCAGUUCGUCUUCAUGAUGAAGCUGCUGAAUUCCCAAGCCGGUUCUCAAGUUAUUUAG